UUGCAAUGCAAUUGGAAGAUUGGUAGCAAUGAAACAAUGAUGGAGGUGAGACGUGCGUAUAGAAUACAGCUAUCAUAGGCUGUUGAUUGCUGUUAAUUUUCAUUUUUGUUGCUGUGAUAGCCGUUUUAUUUCGGUGGACAAGAUAUGGGUGGGGUUAUAGGUAGAUUGGUGUUUGUUUUUUUGUUGUGAAUCCACUUGGUGAACUUGUGGAUUAGUUUAGGACUCCAUGGAUGAUAUGAAUUUGGACGAAAUCGCAGAGCAGGAACUUCUAAAUGAAGCUAAAAGAGGAGCAGCUAGAGCAUCUGUUUAUGGCGCUCUGGGCUGGCAAAAAUGCCCCCUCAAGCCCACCAACAAAGUAUUUUUGCAGAAUAUUUUACUCAGUACACUGUCGGCAAAACGACGAAGAGAUGCUGAUUCAGAUUCUGUAAUGGACAGCCCUAAGAGAAGAUUACUGGAAGCGGACUUCAGAGAAGCAAACAGCCUCAGAAAUAGAAUUGAAAUUGAUAAGAAAACUAUACCAGAUGAAAGACAGACUCUAGUCAAUUUCCGUGAUAAUGAAACUCAGAGCAAGAGCUCCAGAAAGUCCGAUGAAAAAAGCUCAGGACAAAAGUAUUCUAGAAGUUCAAGUUCUACUGUAGAAGUACAUCCUUUUAGAAAACGGAGAAAAGAACAUAGUAGAAGGAGGAGUAGCAGCAGAAGCAGUAGUAGUAAACCAUUGGUUUCUUCUAAACACCAUAAGGAUUCUAAGAAAUUGUCCCCUAAAAAACAUAGACAUUAAAAAUACGCAAGUGCAAUAUGUGUAAUACCGAUGUGUAACACUUGGUAUAUUUGUGUAUUAUUCCCUUUUGUGCACUGAUGUUCAAGAAGUUGACCACUUUUGAUGUUUUGUUUCUUGGUACAUCCAAAACACUGAAUUUUAUUACACGUUUAUUACAAUAAUACUCUAAGCUCAUAAUGCCUUAUAAGGUUCACUUCUGUUUAGUUCCUUUCCAUAUGCAGUUAGUAUAUAUUGAAAUAUGUUAGAUUCCAUAAUGUGACGUGUGGGCUUGCUCGGUCUGUAAAAUUAUUUCUAGUUCACUUCUGCAAUUUAAUGUUUAAAGUUUAUGAAUCUAAAUAUGUGAAGGACCGCAAUAAAUAAAUUUUAUCUAAUAUACCUAAAACAGAAUAUAGUUGAUUUGUAAAUUUGAAGUUAAACAAUUCAUUACAUUGAUCGAAAUGAAGUGGUAAAAUAGAUUUUGUAAAUGACACAGAACCACCUACAAAAACCUCAUUAAACACAUUGGAACUUGUAUAUUAAAUAUUGUAGGGGGAAACUCCCUACCGCAGAAAGAUUGGGGAACCUUUUGUCCUGAGGUAAUGAUUUAUGAGGUUAUUAAUUUUGUUUACUUACACAACUGUCACUCUUGAUCUGUUUUUUCUUCUCUAUUACAAGAAGCUUGUUUAAUGGAAUAUUGUAUAUGUUAUCUUGCAUUGGAAGUUCACAAAUACGAUUCGUUUUAUUAUUAUUACACGUUCACAAAUUCUAUUCGCAAAAUUAUUUAUUGAAAUGCCAGUGUGAUUUACAUGAUCACGAUCUCAAACAAGUGUGUUAUUCUCGUAUUGAGAAAAAAACAUCGGUAAAACUAUGUUAUUAAAGUUGGUUAAUAUGUAAUUUGUAUUUAUUUCGGCGAAUACUUGUGCGUACAAUGGCGGUGUUAAUAUUACAAAAAUGGAAUGUAAGAAAAUUUUGAAUAUGAGUGUUUGUUUAUUUACAAUUUAAGUACAGUAUCUAUCAAUAAAAUAAGUGAAGGUGUCUCAUUCAUUGUAAAGUGAUUUUUCUAUAUUGCUUGAUAUUGACUAAGUACAUCCGCCGAGUGUAUUUACAUUUUUUUCUGCGGAAUAUGUUAUAAAAUUAUUUCAACCUGUACUUAAUAAUUCCUAAGUUAUUCGCAAUCAAGCUUAGUGGAACUUUCGCUUAACAAAUGAGAAUUUUCGUGCCGUGGCACCCCAUCGACUUUCAAACUGAUUAACUUUCUAGCAGGCUGUACUUCCUUUGCAUUGGGGAUCGUUCUCGCUCCGUCUUCGCCCUGCCGUGCCGUGCGUUGUGAAAUUCUUUGUUUGCUGUAUGAUGGAAUGCCUUUGAAGUGUUUUGCUGUCUUUUUUUGUGUAUAUCCCUAUGUUAUUUCGAAAUGUUAUCUGACAGGAAUUUAUUGCGAGGUUCGAUUAACAUAAUGCAUUAUUAAGAUCUCCAUUUUUGUUCAAAAAUUAAGGUGAAUAAUCACAUACGACACUGAGGAGCUAAUUUCACGAAUCAUGAUGUAUAAUAGCAAUAUUUAAUAAUGCACCAACUACUGAUUAUAAAUAUAACUUUAUUAAAAUAUUAUGUUGCACUAGUUGGCAACAGGAUUUAUUAUACACAAGUCUUCUAAUGAGAAAUGAUCAACUGAUGUUCGCUUACGGUUUCGAGCACUUUCUAAUGCUGGGCAUGAUAUAGUGUUCUUAAACGAUCCCUGUGUUCGUUCCCAUUGCUCAUUCAUGGCCUUUUUUCAGAUACUGAAUGUUUUCUUGUGAUACAUAGCUUGUCUCUAUAGGAUAUCCUACACGUUGGAUUGUUAUCGAGUAAACAUGCGAGCCAGCUGUCAUAUUUUUACGCAGCCAAAGCUGUUGUAUUUGUGGACACAUUGCCAAUGAAGGAAGUUUUCCAACUGAAUAAAGUGUUCAUAAAGACGUUUUUGGAGAAGAGCCCAAAACAAAAUCCCUUACCCCUUAACCAAUCCCUUUCAAUUAAUGCGAUUAAAUGUUCCAACUUUUCGACAUUCAGCCGGAAUGUAUGGUUAGAUUAUCGAUGUAUACGAAAUCUCAACCCCUUAAUUCAUCUUCAGACCAGUCUGUGUGUGGUGUGCGCUUUCUGAAAAUUCGCAGAUGGAUGUGCAUUGGUGAAAUUUGGCCCACUGGUCAUUAGACUGUGUACCUUCAUAAAAAUGACUUUAAAAUGCAUGCAUCACUUACGAUCACCCACUACUAACGAUUAUUGUAUUGAUAAAAUACUUUUUUAACAGGCUGAGCGCGAAAGGUUCUCAUGCCCGUUUUCCGUGUGCGAAACAUAAUUUUUUUCCACAGUGUGUGAAACACCUCAAAGCGUGCGAGAAAUAUCUGUAACAAUUCGCAAUUGUCUUGAAGUCUUUAUUAUUUACAAACAAUAGUAUUAAGACACUGGAAUCCAUUUACUUUUGCACAAUAAAUUUUAGUUAUUUGAUAUUUAAUUUAUAUUCCUUUACUUGAUGCAUUGCGUUUCGCUCCCAGCGUGUUAAAAAAGUAGUAUACACAACACGGGCGCGAGGCGAUACCCGCACUCGUCACCUUGACAAACUCGACUCUUGCGUGUAUCACAAGUUUCACGCCCUUGUUACGUAAACUAUUUGAUGUUACAAUCGUAAUUUAGUCCUCGAAUUGUUGCCAAUGUAUGCGGUGAAACAUUGCUUCACGUCCGUUAACUAGUCCUAUGGCCGUACCAUAGUCGACACUUAUACGAUAAGUGAACGCUUAAGUAAUAAGCAUGUACUUACAAUAAGUGAACCUUUAUGACAGUUCGUAAUCAUAGAUCCCACUUAUUCGAGAGUCGCACUGGGGCAAUAUUUGGCAACAUUGCUUUAUUGGUUUCUAGAUACGAAUCUAGAAGGCCGGGGCAAAAGAAUUUUAGCUCGCCAGUGACGGGCCAAUUCAACGUUAUUAGUGUACAUUAUGUCCUUUUCGGCUUCAAGAAUUUAUUUGGGUUCCCUUAUUGGUCAAAUAAGAUUUCUUGGUUUUCAAAUGCGCGCCUUCCUUUCAGGGCCACUUUUUCUCAGUAACACCGAGCGCUGAGCUUCCUGCCGAAGCUCUGCGUGAAAAUCUUCUGUGUAAGCGAAUGGUUCCCGUGGAAAAGACUUAGUCUGUUGGCCUAAGGCUGGAUUGUACAUGAAGAAUCUGUGACGAUGCUACUCGUUUCCUCUAACUAAUCGUUUUCCAAGAUCUCUGUGAAAUGGCACUGGGCCCAAUUCGAAGUGAACUUUUUUUUUUAUUGUCGCAAGAUGUAAGAGUUUUACAACGAGCAGGAAACUAAAAUCGACCAUGAACAUUCGAAAGAAUGACAAUGAUACUAAACACAUACUGAAACUCAAUAAAAGGAACAAUAAACAUUUCCAUAAAAUGCAGUUGAUUUUGUUUGAAGAGUUAUGUGUAAACUUUAUUUUUAGUUUCCAAUGCGUGCAGAAAUUUAAAGAACAAUGUUGCCUUCGACAUUUUUAGAAGUUUCUAUUGUUUCGUUAGAUAGUCAACUGUGGUGGGGUGGGGAACAAAAAUUAUGAAAUAGUUUCGAUUUUGAUUGAAAAAAUUCGAACGUUUGAUCGUGCAAUUCGGACCAUUGUCAUUCUGCCGUACAACUUAAUUCUCAUAUUCGGUGCGACACUGCUAACGGCACGUUACGACGCAGCUAGCGUAAUGCGACAGCAAUGCUCCAAGGAAGAGGCCACCCUCCUUUUAAUAUUUGCUAUUCAUUUGUAACUUUAAAAAAAAUAUUUUUGUUAUGUAAAGAAGUGUUGAACUGUCUAAAUAUACCACGUUAUGGCAGACAUUUUGGUGAAUUUUUUAUUCCAGUGUUAUACGACAGUAUUUUAUUUGUGGUUCGUGAGCAGCAUUUAUGCUACUUUUUGAAAAAACAUUUUUGUAGCUGUAGGCAGAUUCUACUAUAUACAACUGACAAAUGGAACUUCAAAUAUUGACAUGAAGUCGUUUGUACCAAAUAUCAUCACAGGUCUUUUUGCCUUUCUCCGUUCGUUACAGUGUUUAAAAGAAUCGCACAAAAUGUUGUACCGAUACAAGAUAUCGUCCACAACCCAGGGUGAAGUUUAUGUCCGCCAUUCGAAGUGAUGUGAUUAAGGUCCAAUUAAGGGCUGUGACAGGUUGUGCUGUUGUCCUCUUCCGAACAGAAUUUUUUCUCCGCAACUAAUUAUUCCUGAGUCCUCAAAGAGCCACUUUAAUACUAAACAAUGGUAACUAAUGUGUAUAGCGGACUUGCAAUCAGCGGCUGUGAAACCUCAUUGCAUUGUUUACAGCCACAUCAUUCUCUCUUUGGAUAAAG